UGUGCACGUGACAUUACAACUUGACAUUUGAAACAAUCCACAUCACAGUCCACUGCAAGGAGAAUUAGGAUUACAACUCGGUAGUUCAGCGUUGAACUCUCCAUUUCCAGUCGCAAGGACCUUCAGAAUGUCGGAGAAGUACAAAAGCCACAUCCUGGUGAUGGAGGACCGAGGGACUAACGGGUCUCUUGAGUCUACCGGUACCGCCAAGUCCCCUCAAGGUUCAACCGUUAGUUUCCAUAACGUCCACUAUAAGGUGACGCAGAGGAGCGGCUGUCUGUGUAUCAAGAGGAAGACCACCAGCAAAGACAUUCUCAUAGAUCUGAACGGUCUGAUGAAACCAGGACUGAACGCUAUCAUGGGGGCCACAGGAAGCGGGAAGUCAUCGUUUCUGGAUGUGCUGGCAGCCAGGAAGGACCCAGCAGGCCUGGCUGGAGAGGUGUUGAUAGACGGAGCUCCUCAACCUCCCAACUUCAAAUGUCUCUCAGGAUACGUGGUCCAGGAUGAUGUGGUGAUGGGAACUCUGACUGUGAGGGAGAACUUCCGUUUCUCUGCAGCGUUGCGUCUUCCGUCCUCCAUCAGCCAGAAGGAGAAAGAGGACAAAGUCAACCGACUCAUCACAGAACUGGGCCUCACUAAAGUAGCAGACUCACGGGUUGGUACCCAGUUGAUCAGGGGAAUAUCAGGAGGGGAAAGGAAGAGGACAAACAUCGGUAUGGAGCUGAUCAUCGACCCUCCUGUUCUCUUUCUGGAUGAACCCACCACCGGCCUGGAUGCGAGCACAGCUAACUCUGUACUACUACUUCUCAAGAGGAUGUCUAGUCAUGGCCGUACCAUCAUCCUGUCCAUCCACCAGCCUCGUUAUUCCAUCUUCCGUCUGUUUGACAGUCUGACUCUGCUGGUUAGCGGUAAACAGGUUUACCACGGCCCCGCUCAGAGUGCUCUAGACUACUUCUCUAACAUCGGAUACACUUGUGAAGCCCACAACAACCCGGCUGACUUCUUCCUGGACGUGAUCAAUGGAGAUUCUACCUCCAUCGCCUUCGACAGGAUAACGGAAGGAGACAACUCUGACCCAGACAGGGUAACCACUUCCAGGCAGAACAUCGAGGACCAUCUGGUCCAGGAGUACCGGGGCAGUCAGUACUAUGGAGAAACCAAGGCUCAGUUAGAACGCAUCACCAUGAACAGAGAGUACAGUGUGAAGACUCCCUCUCGGACCAUCACGUACAACACCUCCUUCUCUACUCAGUUCAGAUGGGUCCUGAAGAGAACCUUCACUAACCUCAUCCUCAACCCUCAGACAUCCUUCGCUCAGAUUGGAGUGACUGUGUUCCUGGCCCUCAUCGUUGGUGCCAUAUUCUUUGGAGUGAAGAAUGACCAGAGUGGCUUACAGAACAGGAUGGGUGCUCUAUUCUUCAUCACCACCAAUCAGUGUUUCAGUUCCGUGUCUUCUGCUGAGCUCUUCAUCACCGAGAGAAAACUGUUCAUUCAUGAGUACAUCAGCGGUUACUACAGAGUAUCAGUCUACUUCCUGUGUAAGUUACUCAGUGACAUCAUCACCUUAAGGACACUCCCUGCCAUCUUCUUCAGCUGUGUGGCUUACUUCAUGAUCGGGUUUAAAGCUACAGUGGAGGCCUUCUUCCUGUUCAUGUUGACCGUAGCUCUGGUAGCCUAUACAGCUACUGCUAUGACCAUGGCUAUAUCAGCUGACCAGAGUGUUGUGGCGAUUGCCAACAUCUUCAUGACCAUAGCCUUCGUCUUCAUGAUGAUCUUCUCAGGCCUGUUGGUGAACCUGCCCAGUAUUGUUGAGUGGCUAGCCUGGUUCCAGUACCUCAGCAUCCCUCGGUAUGGACUAACAGCUCUCCAAAUUAAUGAGUUUGUAGGUCUCCAGUUCUGUGGAGACAUUCCCCUCAACGGCACCUUGCCCCCUGGUAUGACAUGCACUGGGGAAGACUUUCUGAAGAACCAGGGGAUCGACUACACCACGUGGGGGCUGUGGCAGAAUCACGUUGCCCUGGCGAUCAUGACCGUAAUCUUCCUGGCGAUCGCAUACUUCAAACUACGCUUCACUAAGAAGUUCACAUAGAGGUCAGGGGUCACGGGUUAAGCCUUUUGUACACCUUCCCGUUCCUUGCCGUCCCCUUGGCUCAAACGAAAUGCUGCAAUAUCCAACUUCCACUUCUGUCCGCAUGGGACUCUGAAAUGUCAGCAUGGACUAUGAAAUGUCAGCAUCCGAAGGACAUUUUUCAACGCAGAUGCGGACGGGAGCAGGUGUUUCGAUUGAAGCGGAAGUUGAAAUUAGGUAUUUAGAGGUCAGGGGCAAUGCUCCUUUUAAUUGUUUUUGGGGUACUGAGCAAAUUUCAGGUUUAGUGAGAGGAAACUUGAAAGUUGUGAGUAUUCUGUGCAACUUCCAGCGCACGUUUCCACUGAGGCUGUAACCGUACAGUUUUAGACAGUAGCCAACAGGCUGUAGUGUACCCUUACAGUUUUAGACAGUAGCCAACAGGCUGUAGUGUACCCUUACAGUUUUAGACAGCA